UUUAGUGCCACCUGCUGUUUAAGUAAAUAAACUGGCCUUACAGUUAAGUAUCCCACACAGAUGGACAAGAUACACUACACAGGAGAAAGAUUUAUGUGCUGUUAGAUUAAAACAUUAAUGCCCAUACAAACACAAGCCUACGCAAAUAAACAUUGGCGAAACCCCAUAAACCACCCAAUUGCACAACCUUACGACAUGGGAGAAAUAAGAGGAAGCCUCGCAAUAUUGGAACUUCUGUUUCACAUUGUUCUUUCUAUUCCCAUCAUAAAGGCCGCAGGGAUGUCUCUUGGCUUCUUCAAUGCUCUCUGUCUCUUUUGGCUAACAAUGCAUGCGGUGGACUCAGUCCAGCUGUCGGCUCCAGAGGUGGUAACAGGAGCAUACGGAGCAUCUGUGACUGUCUCUUGUCAGUACGAUCUUCAGUUCAAAGAAUACACAAAGUACUGGUGCAAAGGACAAUUAUAUGAGCUGUGUAGCAUAGUGGUGGCAACACCCAAGGGGCAACAGAGUGACAGAAGCUCCAUUGCAGAUGAUAAGGAUGCAGGAGUCUUCACUGUAACAAUGACUUCUCUCAAAGAAAGUGAUCAGGAGAUGUACUGGUGUGUCAUCGCCAGACCUGGAAGGAACGUCUACACUGGUGUCAGGCUCCGCGUCUCCCACACAGUGAUAACCACAACAGACACUCCAUUACUGAUACUGGAACAAUAUGAAAUAAGUUGGUGGGCGACUCCGCGUUGGAUCUUCUUUAUUUUAAUGUUGUGUUGUUUGGCAUCAACACACUUGGCUGUGUGGAGGAUAACGGCUACAAGGAAAAUACAGCUGCAACAACAAUUUCAACAUAAAAACUCAAACAGCUAUGAUUGAAAGUCAUGGGUGAAUUAUAAACUCAUUUAAACUGGGGCUACAAAACGAUUCUUCCAGUGGACAUUAUGCCUGUGUGUGAAUUAAACUAAGAAAUAAACCAAGUGAAAAAGUGGCUCUCAGCUUCUUUUUUCUUGGUAUCUAAAUGAUUAAAACCUGAUUAAUUUCGGUGCCAGAGUGUAAGAUAACUUUGGGCCCAACUUUUGAAUAUCCAAUCAUCUUAAAAAUUAGCACCUCUGGAGAAGUGAGGCUCCUGGCUUUCAUCUAAUUUAUUUGCAGAUGUCAUAGAGGUUGACUUUCUGCAUUUAACCACAAGUUUCUAGGGGUUUUAUAAAAAUCUGAAAGUAAUGCUGGAAAAAAAAAAAGACCUUCACGCAUAAAGACACAAAAUGUGGACAAAGUUGAAUGGUGGUGAUUUCCCGCACAAUUUUUCUGUUAAUCUAAGAAAGGAUUACAGAGGUAGAUAAGAUUCAUUUUGAUAGGAUUAUGGGAUACCUACAGCUGACAUGGUGUUUUUCUGUUUAUGCAAACUGGGAUUUCUUGUUACAAUCUGUCACAGCCCGGCCCUUAAACUGGGACAAAAACGGGAGGCAUACAGGCAUAGUAACUAAUAAAGUAAUUCAUUUACUACAAAAUAAUCAAAACAUGUCCAACAAAUAGCUGGCAGGAAGCUGUAAUGUCAGUAGGGUAGGGAGAGAAUGAGCGAAAAUGUGUUGCAUGGAAUGUUGUGCUGUAAAAACAAAGAACAGAAGCCAAAGGCCACAACACAGCGGUGCUUGAGGUGAGAAAAUCUUGGCAAGGACUAGCUGCUGCUCUGGUUUAUAUGCAUGGGACACACCUGGCUUAGGUGCCACUGAUUACCCUCCAACAGCUCUGCAGCCCUGAAGACAGAAAGCAAAGCAACAGGAAAACAUACCAAGCAGAGGGGCUGGCCCAAAUCAAAGCUUAAUUAUAGUAAAAUUCAGCUGAAAAUGUGACAUAUCAAAUUCUCUAAAAGAGGCAGUGGUGGGGGCGGCCUAUAGCUCACCUUGUAGCGCGUGCGCCACCUGUAGGCUCAGUCCUUGCCAGCGGCCCAGACUCGAAUCCAAUGAAUCCUUAAACUGUAGCUUAAUGGAUUUCAGCCAUCAUUAAUUUUAUUAGCUGCACCUGUGACAUGUAAAAAUGGCUUCCAUAAAAAGGCCCACAGCAAGGUAGCUGUGCCCUCAAAACAUAUCACAGGAUUGAGUCAACUUGCAAACAACAAAAGAGCAUUUGAGUAAUGUAGUAUUUAUUUCAGGUCUAUUGUACUGUAUUCUACAGGUUUUCAUAUUUUUUUCUGUAUGCUUGGCCAGCUCAGCUACAUAUACAUCAAUAUAAAUGCAUAACAAACAAUAAAAACAUGUUUGAUACUCAAAUCUCUUCAUUUCUCUGUCAAAUGGAAAUCUAUCAAUGGUGUAUAACGAUGUAGUCUGGAAGAGGCAGAGCUCAGUUUCAGGUGAGGCUGCAAGGUGCGAGGGAUAGAAUGAGGUGAUGUCACCACUUCUGCUGCAGGAACCUCUGGCAUGAACUCGUGUCAAGACAGCCACCAUAACCAGAGAAAAUUAGCUUUCAAAGUAAAAGCACAAGUGGGAAAUAAGUAGCCUGAAGACAAAGUGAAUAAACGGUG